AUGCAGAGACAAGAUGAUAGAUUUUAUUGGAAGUUCAGUAAGAAAGGAGAGUAUGAAGUUAAGACUGCUUACCACAUAAUUAGAGCUCACAACCGAAGCCAACAACCAGAAGCUGCCGCCGGAAUGCCGUUGCUAGAAUGGGUAUCGACAACUCUAAACCAAAUUGAAAAGGAGAGAAAUGGGCUGUUCAUUUGUUGCUUGCAUGGCCUAUGGCAUAGUAGAAACAAACUCCUCUUCGAGAACGAGAACUUGACAGCGAAAACGAUUUUGGAGAGAGCAACCAUCUCCUUUGCAGAAGCUCUACGUCCAACAAAUUCAUCACCAUCGAUUCAAGAGCCACCUCCAGGCAGAUACAAAAUUAACGUGGAUGCGGCUAGCAAUAAUGGAGUCAAGGGAGGAGUAGGUGUGGUCAUUAGAGAUAGUAAUGGACUUGUUGUAGCUGCUGCCACAUUGGAAGUGGCUCCUGCACUUUCAGUUAGAGAAGCGGAAGCAUUUGCUUUCUACCAGGGAGUGAAUAUUGCAGCCCAAACUUGUUUCUUAGAAAUAGAAAUAGAAGGAGAUAACAUAGAAGUAGUCAAUGCUUUAAAUUCUAAUAACCCAUUUGGUGGGACUUUUGGUACUAUAAUCUCAAACUGUAAAGCCCUUUUGUGUUGUUUUAGGUUUUACAAGAUAUCUCACAUCAAGAGAAAUAAAAAUAGUGUAGCUCAUUCUCUUGCAAAACUUGCUCUAACCAGACCAAAUUUGAUGUGGCUGGAAGAGACACCUACAGAACACCUUGCCCUCGUCGUCGCUUGUCCAUCGCCCUCGCAGCACCGCGACUCACGCCCUAACCUCGCCGCAACUCACCCUCGCCUCGCAACACCUCGCUCUCGCCGUCGCUUGGCCGUCGCCCUCGCAGCGUAG